ACUACCAACAGAAGAGUCGUGAAUCUCACUAACUCAAAAAAAAAAAAAACAUGUCAUCAAUAUCACCGUCAUGGCCUCCACAUUCUCCGAUCACCACCACUCACCACCACCACCAAUCCACCAUCUUACCGCCCCCAAAUUUCAUCACCAUGUUCACUUCCAACACCCCAGUUAAAAAAAUACAAUCUUUCGCCACCAACUCAACCGCCGCCAUAAACCCGCCGCCGUUAGUGGUGGUUGGAUCAGCCAACGCCGACAUCUACGUGGAAAUCGACAGGAUCCCAAAACAAGGCGAAACAAUCUCCGCGAAAACAGGUCAAACGUUAGCCGGCGGGAAAGGAGCUAACCAAGCAGUGUGUGGUGGAAUGUUGGCAUACCCGACUUACUUUAUGGGUCGGGUCGGGUCAGAUGCACAUGGGAAAUUGAUAAUUGAUGCACUUGAAAAAGGUGGUGUAAAUCUUGAGUAUUUAAAUGAAGUUGAGGAUGAAAAAGUGCCAAGUGGACAUGCUGUUGUCAUGUUACAAUGUGAUGGACAAAAUUCUAUAAUAAUUGUUGGGGGUGCUAAUAUGUUGGGUUGGGAGGAUGUUAAUGAUGAUGAUUUCGAGAUUGUUAAGAAUGCCGGGAUUGUUUUGCUGCAAAGAGAGAUUCCAGAUUCUGUUAACAUUCGAGUUGCUAAGGCUGCAAGAAGUGCAGGUGUUCCGGUGAUUUUGGAUGCUGGAGGAAUGGAUGCUCCAAUUCCCGUGGAACUAUUAAAGCAUGUCGAUAUUUUAAGUCCAAAUGAAACCGAACUUGCUCGUUUGACAGGAAUGCAAACUGAAACCUUUGAAGAGAUUAGCCUGGCUGUAGCUAAAUGUCAUGAAUUGGGUGUUAAGGAAGUCCUUGUGAAACUUGGUGGGAGAGGAUCCGCUUUAUUCACUAAAGGAGAAGAACCAAUUAAACAAGGCAUUAUUGAGGCUGAAAAAGUCCUCGACACAACUGGUGCAGGUGAUACGUUCACUGCUGCUUUUGCGGUUGCUUUAGUGGAAGGGAAACCCAAAGUUGAAUGCUUGAGAUUUGCGGCUGCGGCAGCUUCUUUAUGUGUCCAAGUGAAGGGAGCCAUUCCGAGCAUGCCUCGAAGGAAAGCAGUCUUGGAUCUUCUUCAAUCUUUUUAAGGAAUAUAAAGAAUUCUUAGCAUUGCACAUAAAUAAGAUGCCGAGAUUGGCAAGGCCAGUGCUUUAAAUCCAAAUGACAUGUCGUUUAUAGAGGACAGCGGUAGCCGAAGGUUGGAGUUGCAUGAGGUACAUUCAGGGCCAAACCCCGACAGUAAUUCCUUCAAAGAAGAGGUCCCUGAUAUAAACUUACAAACUGCUCCUUGACUUUCUUUUUUAACCCUCCUUUUUCUUCUUAAGCGUAUAUCAAUAAUAAAAUAAACAAUUCUUUUGCCAUUCUGUUAAAUUGAUUCUUUUUUAGAUGAUCAA